AUGGAUCUCUCAACGGCGUAUCGUUACAAUCAAAACAUGAUGGAAUAUUACACAUGUCACGGGGGCGUCAAUCAAUUAGGAGGCGUGUUCGUUAACGGUCGGCCCCUACCCGACGUCGUCCGUCAGCGAAUCGUGGAGCUGGCACACAACGGCGUCCGUCCGUGCGAUAUAUCACGCCAGUUACGAGUGAGCCAUGGCUGCGUUUCAAAGAUAUUAUCAAGAUACUACGAGACUGGUAGCUUUAAAGCAGGCGUCAUAGGUGGGUCCAAGCCCAAGGUCGCAACCCCACCCGUAGUUGAUGCCAUUGCGAACUACAAGAGGGAGAACCCUACUAUGUUCGCCUGGGAGAUUCGUGAUCGGUUGCUGGCAGAGGGAAUAUGUUCGCAGGAUAAUGUCCCCAGCGUGUCCUCAAUUAAUCGGAUCGUUCGAAAUAAAGCAGCGGAAAAGGCAAAGCACGUACACCAUCACCAGCAGCAGCAGCAAAUGCAGCCGAGCCUGAGCAACGGUCACAUUGGCACUGAGAGCCUUGACAGCAGCACGGGCGCUGUCAGCGAGCACCAAGCGCCCAGCGCCGGCAACGGCAAUGGCAGCAACAACUCCAGCAGCAACAACAACAACAACACAAAUACUUCAGCGACGGUCGUGGCGCGUACAACGGGACUGGGCGCAGUUGCAGCGCAAGAAACGGGCGCUGCCGUCGGCAACAGCGCUGCUCCGCACAAUGGGAACAGUAGCAAUGGGAACAGUAGCGGAGCAACGAGUCAACAGGGCACAGAGCAGCGAUCGUCAGGUUCGGGAUAUAGCAUUAACGGCAUUCUGGGUCUACAGCACGGCCAUCAUAUACACAACAACAACAGUAGCACAAAUAACAAUAACAACAAUACCUCGGAUUCAAAUUUCAAGCGUAAACGAAAUGAAGUUCACGAUGAGAAUCGCGAUGUCAACAUGAAUUCCGAAGAGGAUGUGAAGCGACAGCGCUUGGCCUACGGCGGAGAUCAGAUAUACACAAAUAUUUGGUCUGGAAAAUGGUGCAUCAAGGAUGAGCACAAACUGCUCUCCGAGCUCGGUAACUUCACAACGACCAGCACAGGUAGCGCCCCUGCCUAUUUCGAGGCACCAAAUGGAUACUCGACGAGCACAAUAUCCUGUCCAGGAGUUGGGAGUGCUGUGGGGGGGAACGACUCGUCCAUGAUGUACGACAGCAUAGCCUCCAUAUCCCAGGGCCAGAGCACGCUGUACACACCGCCCAUCGGACCCUCAAUCGCGUGCGGCUCGGUAGUGCCCAGUGCGGAUUACGCCUACAGUCCCGCCUAUACACAAUAUGGCGGCACCUACGGAUCCUACAGCUACGGUACUAGCAGCGGCCUAAUAAAUUCAUCGUACUACUAUGAAGGCGGCCAGAAUCAGGCGUCCCUUAACCAGGAUUUACGGUCCCCGCUUGCCGCGACCAGGGCCAACUCCCUGGUCUCCGCCGCAUCGCCGACGGGCAGUGCGUGCACAAAGUCGGAAACUUCAGAUAUAUUUCUUGUUUAGUGUAGCAGCAGAAGGUAACAACAAUUAUUAUUCAUCGACCAAUCAUUAGAAUGCCUGAUGGAUCUUCGUAAAAGCAGACACUGGAAAGAAACUGGAAAAACAAGGAGUGUUUAGAUUUAACAACUGUUCCAAAGAAACAUACAUAUAUAGCAAGUACUUAAAGGUAUUUAUCUAAAAGUAGGCAAGGAAAGACAGACAACAAGUCUGUUGUUAUUCGAAUUGAAGAUGAACUGAACUUAACGAGAACAAUUCUCAUACAUUAGUUUAUUUGCAUUUAAAAAUUGAUCGGUAGGUAUUGCAUUUUGAGAUAAUGAGCAGCAAACGAUACUUCAACCAGACCUUAACAUACUAAUAUGUAUUAAUAAUUAUUAAGAUUACAAUAUAAUAUAUCAACUAAGAACGUUGCAGUCGAAUGUCGAAUACCGACUCAAUACUCGGUUCACAUCGUAGUUGCCGAUUAAAUCAGUCGAAACAAGUAAGAUUUCUAGCUCUAGACGGGAGUGCCUAAUUAGGAGAUACCCUGUACCCUGUACCCUGAACCCUGGAAUGUGGCCCUCAACAGUGUGUUUAUAUUAAAUCGCAACGCUUUUCAUUUCCUUUUUUUUGGUUAUUUCUAAUACAAUUUUUCCAAGAGGAGGUAUCCAAAAGGUAAAUAUUUGUAAUCUGUUUCACUAUACGAGAAACUACAUACACAAUUUGAAGUAUCAAUCUAUUACCAUCUCGUCAAUUCAAUUUUUGUCGACAUUUUGAGAAUGCCGGAUAAAUCAAAAAAAUCGAAUAAGA